GGAACUCGGUAACUGGAAUUCCUACGCCGGUGCUCUUGGCUACUUGUGGUUCCGAGCGCGGUCAUCAUUGCAUUCAUAUGAUCAGACCUACAAGAGGAUUGGAAGAGGGUGGUAUGAGGAGAAAAUCAUUGCAAACAUUUUAGAAGUUUGUUGGAGGAUUUGCGAGGGAUGCCAACUCUAAACUUUGAACGUCGCUCCGCCGCGACGCACGAUAAUAGUCUGAUUGAACAGAAUACAAUGAACCAAGUCGUCUACUAGAGAGGCCGUCGCUGUUAAGGCCAAACAUCCCAAUUCUCUAUCCUCCUCCCUCCUGGUGCUUACGUUUGCGAGGAGAAAAACUUCAGAUUGCGUGUGGGGAUGGCAUUGGUGCCGCUCGGUUAGAAUGGGCAUGACUUUUGGUUUGACAAGUUGACUUACACUGAUGGGAUCUGGCAUACCGUGAUGUGAUCGGAAUCACAUCACGGCAUUACAACAACGAAGAUCACAAAGUGUGAGCAUGACUCCACGAGGCAAACGACAAACCCAUGCCUAUAGAGAAUGCCUUUAGCGUAGAGGCGCGGGACUGGCAGCCAAGCCCGAGUGUAGCCGAGACGGCAGCCUGGACAGAUGGAGGACGAAAUGGAAGGGAGUAGCAAAAGUCCGCAGGACCUGGAAAUUCUGCGGCAGAUGCCGGAACAAUGAGGAAGGAAUGGCAAAAGUCUGCAGGACGUGGAAAGCCUGCGGCAGAUGCUGGAAAAGCAAGAGAGAGUCCUGCGCCGUGGACAAAGCCUAGUGCUGCCUCUGCUUCUGCAGCCCCUCUUUCCGGGGCUGGAAGAGUAGAGGAGUUCGAAACCUAGCUGCAACAGUCAGGACGUACUGCUGGAGGUACCGAACUGCUUUUCGAAAUCUUUCGAACCAUCAGCAAGACCGGACGAAUAGUUCGGCUCGGUAGAAUUUGUGAGGACAUGCUGUCGCAGACUACGAUAGCCUAGACAAGACCGCAGCUAUUCUCCGUUAUUCUGGAAGCUUUGGGCACAUUCUCCGGCACGAUCCUCCCUCGCCGGUCCGCUUGAGAAGGAUGUCUCCGUCGGCGUAGAACCGAAGAAUCUCUUGGUCAUUGCGGAUUAAAACGACCCGCACCAGGAUCAUUCUUCUUCGUCGGGGAAUAUUUAAAUUCGAAUCGAUCAAAAGCAACCCGAGAAAAAGAUCGAGGUCUAGCUCGUCUGGAAUGAGCAACCGUAGUGGAAUCGUGUACCCUCAUCCGCCGAGAGAGAAAACAGGACUAGCAGGCCCAAAGGCCGGCCAGGGUGCAAGACAACCGAGCUUAUAAAAAUGCUAGGAGGGCGCAACGACAAGCGAGGACCGGUGAUUCGUUCGAGAGAGAAAGCUAUGCGAAGGCUACAACCGGUCGCAACACCAGGGUCGUCGAAUUUCUCACAUCCCAUUCCUGCGUGACUUGGUUCCCACUCGCCGCUACAGGAGGUGGUGUUUUUUUUUAUGGCAGAGAAGGAUAAUCUUCUGAUUGGCAAAGCGGGGGCGGGGCGGGGGACUGGACGAGGAUUCUUAAACAUACUGCACUGUAGAAACACAAGAAAGAGUGUGCUGUGAUCUGUCGGCUUGAAGUGCGUGUCGAACAGUGACGCGGGGAGAUGUUCAUCGCGCUAUAUUCACUCACUCACUCAAAAUAAGAGCCGACUCUUGAUAGGACAGGCGAAGCGGGAAGGGGAUGGGUCGUUGGAUGAGGUGGAGCAAGAAAGGAGAAGUUUGGUUUGGUUUGGUUUGGUUUGGAUGGACGGGUGGAUCUCGCCGAUCUGACACACUGUCUGUACUCUGCUGUCAGCGCAACCUAACCCAACCCAACCCCAACCAACCUCCGGUCAGAUUGUGUAAUGGCGCCCGUGUCUACCCUCCCUCUCUCCCGGGACGGACGUGUUCCAGUUCGCUUUGUGCUCGCCUCCACAACUUUCACCUGCGACAACCGUUACGACUACUGUACUUUCUUCCUUCCUUCCGACAUUUCACUCGCCCGGCAGUUGUUAACGAGGGGUGCAUGUUUCAGACGUUGUCCGACCCGCCUCUCCGGUCAUGUGGCUGUGUUUGAAAGCCAAGACCUCCCUGCGGACCGAACCGGGUACCGGUUCAGAACCUCGAGAGCGCUUUUCGCCCACGAGUGUCUUGUCCAGGUGUCUGUCAACCCUCGAUGCCGCAAACCGCGAGACGCAAAACAUGGUCUCGUGCUCUCGUGUCCCGACUUCGGAGUCUCAGCCUGCGGCGGGCAGCGUCGCGUUCUGAUAGACACAUGGUAUCGAGAUUUCGCAUUUACCACAAUGAGAUGGUGAAACUGCCCGCUGAAAUCUCUGAGUCUUACUCCGGGCCGGACUUCCUCAGGCGACGCUGGACGCUGGUCGGGUCCAGCCCGGGGAUUUGGUCCGAUAGGGGCUUAGAAAUUUGUCACUUUCGUGGCCAAGGCCUCCUACAGUGGUACCAUCUCAUGAUGUCUUGCGCAAUGGCGAAAAAGGAUAUGUACUGGGCAGUUUUUGUACUUCUGUGACGUCGGAAAGAGAACACUGAGACCGAGAGUUCACUCAGUUUACUUCAAUAGCCAGUGAUGGAAUCCCACGACAUUCUUACGAUUUUCAAGCAGUUUCCAUACGGGUAGCACGGGACCUCUCACAUCCAUAUUCAGAUCUUCCAACAUCACCCUUCUCCUGCUGAGUGAGAAACUCAAAACCCCCUAGAUUUUAGAAAUCUUAUUCCUGUUGUAUAUUUGUCUAAAUUUCGAUGAAAAUCGAUAUCAACCUUACAAUAACAAUACAGAACAAA